AUUACAUUUAGUUACAUGUAUAAGUUAUAUCUGGCCCUUUGAGGACAAACGCUAUGCUGAUGUGGCCCUCAGAGAAAAUGAGUUGGACACCCCUGAUGUAUUGACUUUAUGGGAUUUUGGCGACACUUUGGAGACACUUCCUGUUUGAAAAGCAAGGGGGAGGGGUCACUGAAAGUGCUAAAUAUUUAGCACUUUCAUAAAUGUUUAAAAGAAAAAUGUUCUAUAAGACCCUCUUAAUAACUACCAAAACAUAAAGCAUAUUUCUCUGAGCAGACAGUGGAACUGUGAGGGUUUUGGUCAGUAGAAAACUGGAUCAAAAGGCUCUUUUAGUGCUAAAGGUUGCAGCCCCCUGAUGUAGCCCACCUGAGUUCAGAGAAUUGAAAACCUCUUCCUGCUCAACUUCCUUUGUGGUCACAGACAGCAGAUAAAAGAGGCGUUCUAAUUUUUUCUCACAGGACGUUUGAAUUCAUCUGUGAAGCUGCAACGGACAAACACAAAGAUGAUGUUUCUGCCUCUGGGGUGUUUUCUGCCCCGCACAGCCUUCCUCCUCCUCCUCCUCUUCUUCUUUUCGUCUUUCAGGCCCACACAAACUGAAGUAGUGAGGUCCAUUUCAGACUGUGCCGACUUCCUUCUGAACCAAAGUCCUCCUCAAAUUCCAAACAUCCUGGAGGACGGGGAGAUCCUGGACCAGAACCGAUACAAGCCCAUCUGCCAGACCUACAGGAACACCAGAACCUUUCUGACGCUUUAUGACACCAAAGAAAGGAUCCCUGUGUUUUCUGCUAUCAGGGUUGGUCAAGACCAAAACUCUGGAAAAAGACCCAAAAACUGGAUGAUUGAACCUCAGCUUGAAAAUAAAUCUGCUGACAAGAACAUGAAAGAAGACAAUAAAAGACGAGGAACCUACGGACACCAGGCCUCCGAUUUAGAUUACAAAAACAGUAAAAUAUAUAACAGAGGUCAUUUAUGUCCAAGCUCCUACGCCUCCAACGAAACGGCCAGAACCUCCACCUUCACCCUGACCAACAUUGUUCCACAAGUGCAAUCGUUCAACGGUGGAAGCUGGGAGAAGAUGGAGAAAUGCGUCAAAUGUUUCAUGGAAAAGUUCUGCAAGAACAGCCGCGGUGCUACUGAAGGCUUCGUGGUGACUGGAGCACAGGCCGGUACCGAAAAACUCAAGAACCAGGUCAACGUUCCCUCCCUGAUGUGGUCGGCGUUCUGUUGCUAUAGCAACAACAACAAAAAGUGGUUAGCGGGUGCGCACUGGGGUGAGAACGUCGCUGAUAAGUCCAAAGACGAAUCUCUGCAGACAAAGAGUCUGAACGAUCUCUACGAGGAUCUGGGGACACCAACCUUCAACGUCUUUCCUGGAACAGAGUGUCCUCUGGGGACGACCGUCUCCAUGUUUUACCCAAAGUUAGACAAGUCCUGCAAAUGCCCCCCGCCUACCUUCAAGCAAAGGAACAAAUGGAUAGGCUAGACUAUUCUCAUCUGUGGUUAAAGAUGCAUAGCUUCUUCUGGGGGGUUUAUCUCCCCUAACCCUUUCACACCAGAGCUUUAGCUCCAGCGUCCACGUUCUAUUAACUAACCAAACUCCUCAACCGUUUACGUAACAAACGUAUUUCCAACUGAAGCUGAUGCUGCUUUUCCUGUCGUCAGAAUCUGUUGGAAUUAUGUUUAUGUGCUUUAAUGGUCGAAAAGUUACAAUAUUGUUGUUUUGCCGUCGGCGGCGACAGCUCUGAUGUCAAAGGGUUAUUGACAGCUCGGAACAGAAAUGUAAAACUGUGAUAAAAUGUUCCAAAAAAAGAGACGCCUGUUGUUUUCUACUGCUGUGCUUGCUUUUAAAAUGUGCUGAAUAAAGACGGAGUUAAACUG